ACGCCUUGUCGGCCUUUAGACAAAGCAAUAACAAAUUUCUAUUGAACUUUUUGUUAAUCGUGUUUUAGUUCUUUUGUAAUUAGGUGAUUCUAACAAUUGUUAAAGUUCAUCAAUUAAUGAAAAACUAUUAAAUGGCUAGUUAAAAAAAGUUUAAAAAACUGUUCUAAAAGUUUCUUUGAUACUGUAGUAAACAUGCCUUUUUCUUUGAAAAUUGUGGCAUUUUUUUUCCUAUGUUUGAUAAUCAGAUAGGUAUCAAGCUGUUUAAACUAGUUAGAACAUCUACAAUCAUCAACAUUUACUUAAAUCAUUUGAAUUAGUCAUAAAAAAUUGUUUAAGUUAUAUUACCUCCGUUUUAUUUUAAUUGUCGGUUUAGGUUUAUGCACACAAAUUAAAAAAUAUAUUUAGUAUCGUAUAUUUCUAAAAUAAAAAUAUUAUUAUCUAUACAUCUAACCAUAUUUCAAUCAAUAGAAAUUGUUAACAAAUUUUGCAUUAAAAUUAUAAAACUACACUUAUUUUAAAACAAAAAUUUUAUAUUACAACGAUAAUUAAACUGAAAUGUAGGAAAUAACGAAUUCUUCCAUUUACAUUCCCAAUUUUUUCUAACCCUAAAAAAUAAUACAAUUUCCUACUUUAAUAGUAGUAAAAGAACAUUAACCCGUGAUUUUUGUUGCAUGUAUAUAUUACAUUUUCAGUGUUUCAAAAAAAAGUGGUAUAUAAUAAAUUUUCGUCAUUAAGAAUUACCAAUAAACCUGAUAGGUUAAAUACAUUUACAUUAUUUUUUGUUUAUAUACAUGUGUGUAUAUAAGGUAUUCCUAACUUUUCAAUUACUGGAUAUAUGAAAUCACUUUUAAAUGAUUUAUCUCCAUUUGUUCAAAAAAAAAAUGAUUUAUCUCCAUAACAUAUUAAAUUAAUAAUAGUUCUACAUUUUACGGUUUUCUCAAAAGUCUCAACCACGUUUCAUAACAGAACUAUUUCGAUUUAUACUAAACCUUAAUUAUCCAUAACCUAACAUUAAUGUAACGUUCUUACGUGUACUUCUAGACAACUUAAAUCAUUCAAGAUCGGAAAGAGAACUGGGUAAAUAAAACAAAAGGUAUUGAAGGGGUAAAAUAAUAAUUUCAUAGAACUCUAUUUUUCUUCUCUCUUUCUCUUUCUGGAGUUUAAUUGUAACAGUUCACUGGAAAGAGAAAGAGACUUGGGUAAACGAGUAGAGAGUCCAGCGAGAGAACAACACUAGGGACAAAGAGAGAGGAAGAGGAAGAAGAUGAUGUCAGAAGCUCAUUUUGUCUGAAUAACAAAGUCUCUUGGAAGUUUGUUUGUGCGAAUCUUUCCAUUUCCUGGCAUCUCCGAUCUCUCUCUCUCUGUUCUUCAAGCAGUUCAGACCAGAAGAGGAAGCAGCUAAAAGCCACAGUUUUGUUUGCAGGUUUUUCUUCACAGGAGGUAUUUGACUAUAUCCAAAAGAGAGUGUCAAAGCAAUGCAGUCUCCAAAACCGAGGCCUAGAUCUUUGGAAGUGCCUCAGAAGAAGUCUCCUACAGCAUCUACUAAAACUGCUCGUAAGCUCAAAACCACAGAAACUAACCCAGUUUCAUCUCCCAACCCAAAAAUCAGGACACCAAAAGCUCAGAGCCCAAAAGUAGUUGCUGAUCGCUGUUCUCCAAGAACCCCUGUAAAUGAGAAGAAACGGACAGGGCGAACACCCAAAGUAGCAUCUCAGAUAUCUCAGCUGCAAGAGGAGCUAAAGAAGGCAAAGGAACAGCUAAGCGCUUCAGAAGCUUCAAAGAAAGAAGCUCAAGACGAAGCAAACGAGACAAAGCACCAGCUAAUGGAGAUCAACGCCUCCGAGGACUCAAGAAUCGACGAGCUCCGCAAACUCUCUCAAGAACGAGACAAAACAUGGCAGUCCGAACUCGAAGCAAUGCAGAGACAGCACGCCAUGGACUCCACCGCUCUAGCUUCUGCAAUGAGCGAAGUCCAGAAACUGAAAGCACAGCUGUCUGAAUCUGAGUCCCUUGAGAACUUGAGGAUGCUGUCUCUUGUUGAGGAACUCAGAGUGGAACUGUAUGACGCAAAGGAAGGAGAAGCUAGAGCUCACGAGAUUGUUUCAUCAACCGAAAAGCAGUUAGAGAUAGCUAACUUGACGCUCGAGAUGUUGCGUUCAGACGGGAUGAAGGUGUCUGAAGCUUGUAACGCUCUUACAACCGAGCUAGAGCAGUCCAAAUCCGAGGUGAAGUCGCUAGAGAAGCUCGUGAGACAGCUCGAGGAAGACUCAUCGUCAGUGGAAGAGCUCAAAGAAGAGAUAAACGUUGCGAGGGAUGAGAUUAGCCACCUGAAAUCUGCGGUGGAAGUGACUGAGAGAAGGUACCAAGAAGAGUAUGUGCAAAGCACGUUGCAGAUAAGAAGUGCUUAUGAAAGAGAGGCUGAGUUAGGGGAAGAACUGAAGGGAGCCAAAGGUGAAAGAGAGGCUUUGCAUGAGAGAUUGAUGGAUAAGGAAGCUAAGCUGAGGAUACUAGCUGAUGAAAACGAGUUACUCAACUUGAAAGUCAAAGAAACAGAAGGGCGUGGGGUUACAAGCGAACUCAAGAAGGUGGAAACUGAUCUGAUGGAGAAGGAGAUGGAGCUGCAGAGUGUAAUGUCCCAAAACGAGAGUCUAAGAAGCGAGAUGGAGAAGAUGCGGAGCGAGAAGAACAAGGCCUUAGAGAGGGUUGAGAGUCUGAAGGAGGAAGCGGACAAGAGUGUGAAGAGAGGUGAGAAAGCGAUGGAAGAGCUAGGGGCUGCUCAAGUCAGUAACACGGAGCUAGAAGGUGAGCUAAGGAGACUCAAGGUUCAGUGUGAUCAGUGGAGGAAAGCUGCAGAAGCAGCAGCUACUAUGAUCUCUGAUGGUAACAAGAACGGUAAUGGGAAGUACGUGGAGAGAACGGGGUCGCUGGAGAGUCCGUUGAGGAGGAACGUGAGAAUGUCUCCUUAUAUGGAUGAAACUGAUGAUGAUUUGUCUUCGCCGAAGAAGAAGAAUGGGAGUAUGCUUAAGAAGUUUGGUGUGCUACUGAAGAAGAGCCAGAAGUGAUAACUGAUUUAUGAAAAGAACUACCAUUGUUGUCUUUAUUGUUGUAAGCUUUGUUGUUGUUGUUGGUGCGAACUAUGUUCACUUCUUUUUCAUAUUGACUAAGCUCAAACUCUGAUCAAUGUUUUAUGUUUAUGAAUCUCAACUUUGUUGUUCCCAAA